UUAGAGAGCUGUGUUUGUGUCUCCGAACGUUGGAAUCGUAUCUCAACUUUGUCGACGUUCCUAACGCUUCUAUUUCUAUAGCAACGAAGAAUUCGGUUAACGGCAAAUAAAGGAAAGAAAAACAAAAAAAAAAAAAAGAGAAUAAAAAAUAAAAAGAACUCGUGCGGGAAUAUGAUAAUAUAUCUUUUCAAAAACGUGAGAUGCUGUAGUGUUAUUUCUAUUAAUGUGUUACUAACUUUCGUUAUUCGAUUCGUCGAUUGAACUGUUCUUAAUGAUGCUUUCAAAACUGUAAUUAUAUAAAACGUGUAGUAAUGAUGAAAGAAAUAUUAUAAAAACGGUCUAAUUGUAUAGUGAUCAUAAGAAACAAUCAUAAAUAUGGAAAUAUCACAGAGAACGAAAGUAAGCACGAAAAUGGACGAAGAAAAUAUUCUUCUGAAAAAAAAGUCGAAAGAGAUGAACGUAUAAGUUAAGUCUUUUAUUUUUUCUUUCUUUAUUUUGAUUUUUUUCGUCUAUUUUUUCCCCUUUUUUCUUUUUAUUUUCUUUUUUUUCUUUUUUCUUUUUUUUUUUUUUUUUUUUUUUCAUUCUAUUACAUGCGGAAUGCCGGAGGUGUGCGAGCGAGUCUGCGCUGUUAAAGUUCGUUCACAUGGCGCAGGUACGGUCGAGCACGUCGGUGCAUGCGCAAUGGUGUAUUGAUCCUGCGAAUCUAAGAUGCAUGUACCAUCAUCCAGUGGUCCAUUGGCUGUACACAAUGCCAUUUCUGUUCUACGUUCUUCCGCCGUUUCAUUGAACGGUACAAACCCGUGUGAGUAAUGCGAUACACGACGGAUCCUUCUUGCAUUUCCGAUCGAUAAAAGCGAGACCAGAAGGAAGAUCGUGCGAGUUGCCGUUUAGAUUAUGACAUCUACCGAGAGCCACGAGAUUUCACCCUGCGAUAUAAGCGCAUCGACACUUUUUGGAAUCCCGAUUAAUGAGGAGCCAAUAAUAAUAUAUAAAUAAAUGUACGCGAUCGAACUAUAAUGAUAGUCAGAUUAAUUACCGUGAUCCUCGCAGCGAGGAUUUGCUAUGGGAAUCCUGAUGCUAAACGACUUUACGAUGACUUACUCUCGAAUUACAAUCGUCUUAUUCGACCCGUUUCAAACAAUACAGAUACAGUCGUUGUCAAGUUAGGUCUUCGUCUUUCACAGCUCAUCGACCUGAAUUUAAAGGAUCAAAUCCUAACAACGAACGUUUGGUUAGAACAUGAAUGGCAGGAUCACAAAUUUCAAUGGGAUCCAUCGGAAUAUGGAGGUGUAACAGAACUCUAUGUACCGAGCGAACAUAUAUGGUUACCCGAUAUCGUACUUUACAACAACGCCGAUGGAGAAUAUGGCGUGACCACCAUGACAAAAGCUAUUUUACAUUACACGGGUAAAGUCCUUUGGACACCACCAGCUAUUUUUAAAUCAUCCUGCGAAAUCGACGUCAGAUAUUUUCCGUUCGAUCAGCAAACCUGUUUCAUGAAGUUUGGUUCGUGGACAUACGAUGGUUUUCAGAUUGAUCUGAAACACAUUAAUCAAAAAUUGGGAGACAAAGUAGAAGUUGGUAUCGACCUACGUGAAUAUUAUCCUAGUGUCGAGUGGGACAUUUUAGGUGUACCAGCGGAACGUCACAAAAAAUAUUAUCCUUGUUGUCACGAACCUUAUCCCGACAUAUUCUUCAAUAUCACAUUACGUCGUAAAACACUUUUCUACACAGUGAACCUAAUCGUACCGUGCGUAAGCAUCUCUUAUCUUUCGGUAUUGGCCUUCUAUCUACCUGCUGAUUCAGGAGAGAAAAUAGCCUUAUGUAUCAACAUCCUCCUAUCUCAAACCAUGUUCUUCCUAUUGAUAUCAGAAAUUAUACCGUCUACUUCGUUAGCAUUACCAUUAUUAGGCAAAUACUUGCUCUUCACAAUGAUCCUCGUAGGUCUCUCGGUAGUUAUAACAAUAAUAAUAUUGAACGUUCAUUAUCGUAAACCAAGUACACACAAAAUGGCACCGUGGGUCAGAAAAAUAUUCAUUCGAAGAUUACCGAAGUUAUUACUAAUGAGAGUACCAGAUGAUCUUCUCAAUGAUCUUGCUGCUCAUAAAAUACAUGGACGAGGAAAAUCUGGGAAAAAGAGUAAAUUCAAUGCAGCCGUUGCAGCUGCCGUUCAAUCUUCCUCCAUCGUUUCUUCUCCAGAUUCUGCUCGUCAUCAACGUAUCGGUGGUUGCAACGGCUUACAUACAACAACUGCACACAACAGAUUUCUUGGUGGAGGUUUUGGUGGUUACAAUGGACUUCCAACUGUCAUGUCUGGAUUGGAUGAGUCUUUAAGCGAUGUCACACCUAGAAAAAAGUAUCCGUUCGAACUUGAGAAAGCUUUACAUAAUGUGAUGUUCAUUCAACAUCAUAUACAACGGCAGGACGAAUUCAAUGCUGAGGAUCAAGAUUGGGGUUUUGUCGCUAUGGUUCUCGAUCGACUUUUCCUCUGGAUCUUCACGAUAGCUUCCAUAGGUGGAACAUUUACUAUUCUCGCCGAAGCUCCUGCACUUUACGAUGAUACUAAACCUAUCGAUAUGCAAUAUUCUUCCAUUGCUCAUCAACAAUAUUUGCCACCGGGCCAAGAUUUAUUAGAAAAUCUAGUCUAAAAAUUAUAACGUCAUUGAUUCAUAUAUCAAGAAUACAAUGUACAGUUCAUAAAAAUCCUCUUGUCUUUCAGUGUUUCCAUGGAUACGAAUGCGUUAAAAGAAAAUCUGGAAGACAAGAGUUACGGUGUUGCUCUUUACAAAAAGAUAAAAGAAAAAAAAGAAAAAAGAAAAAAAAAAGAAAACAUUGUCGACUAAUUCUAACGUCUAAAUGACAAAUACGUUUCUCGCUAGUAUAUUUAAACGUACUUAUUCCUAUUUACUCCACUUUCAGUUUCUUAUUCGGAAAGCGAAAAAAAAAAAA